CGGAUGCUACGACGGAUACUGGGGGGAGGUCUACUGUGAGAAAUCAUGUAUACCAAACUGUAAGGCGUGUGAAAAAUUUACUGGGCAGUGUAGUUCUUGUAUACAUGGAUUUUGGGGUAAUAACUGUUCUAGAGAAUGUCAUGGGAACAAUUGUAAAAUUUGUGAGGCACAGACAGGCAAAUGCCAGGCAUGUGUUACUGGACUGUGGGGCGAAAUAUGUGACAAACGUUGCGGACAUUGCCUGUCUGGCAAGUGCGGAAAGACUGACGGUAGAUGCGAUAAAUGUGUGGACGGGUACAUCGGUAUAAACUGCACGGUCAAGUGUGCCUUGACAAACUGCACUGAUCUUAGCUGCAAUUCAGACAGGAUGUUAUGUAGUAGUUGCAACAGUGGGUAUUGGGGUGAAUUUUGCGACCGAAAAUGCGAAUACUCUUGUCCAAACACAUGCAAUAAGAUUUCAGCAGAAUGCACAAGCUGUAGUUAUAAAACAUUCGGUUCUUUCUGUGAACAAACGUGUAGCAAAACAUGCUCCGGAAACUGUGUUAGACAGUCUGGUAAAUGUUACAGCUGUUUACAAGGAUACUGGGGUACAUUUUGUGAAAACAGUUGUAACAAGUCUUGUGAAGGAGGUUGUGAUAGGUAUUCGGGUGUCUGUAGCAGAUGCCUUUCAAGUUAUUGGGGACCAUCUUGCAGUUACACUUGCAGUCAGAAUUGUAUGUUGAAAAGGUGUGACAAAAACACGGGUAAAUGCGGAAGCUGUGCUCAUGGCAGAUGGGGUGAACUGUGUGAAGCGACUUGUAGCCUACAGUGUAAUGGAAACUGUAACAGAGAAACGGGCGUUUGUUUGUCUUGCAAUGAAGGUUAUUGGGGACAAUAUUGUAAAUAUAAAUGUGAGCCUGGAUGCAAUGAUAAUUGCGACAAAACUUCAGGGUAUUGCAAGUUCUGUUUGUCCGGAUCAUGGGGAAAUUACUGCGAAAGAAACUGCAGCUGUGAUUGUAGUAGAAAUAACGGUCAAUGUGAGUCCUGCAUUAGUGGGUAUUGGGGAGUGUCAUGUCUACAGAAAUGUCACAAAAACUGUGAGUCAGGAUGCUACCAAACUCUUGGAGAAUGUGUUGAUUGCAAAGAUGGUACAUGGGGGAUAAACUGUACAAAUUUGUGUCCACUUAAUUGUGCAAGUAAUUGCGACGAUCGAAGUGGUGAGUGUAUGUCAUGUCACAAUAGAUACUGGGGACCGAAAUGUGAAAAGGAAUGUAAUAAUACCUGCGAAAUAUGUCAUCAAGAAACAGGUAAAUGCCUUAUGUGUAUGAAAUCAAAAUGGGGAGACCAGUGCAAAGCAGACUGUCCAAACAAAUGUAAAGAGCAGUGCGAUAUCGCUACAGGAAAGUGCGAAACCUGCCUCCAAGGCUACUGGGGUGAUCAAUGUCAGUUUCAGUGUGGGCAUCAUAACUGCAAGAAAUGCAACACAAGUACUGGCGAGUGUGAAUCCUGUUUUGAGGGGAAGUGGGGUGAAAACUGCGAUAAAGACUGUGCUGAUCACUGUCUAUUGGGAUGUGUGAAAACAAAUGGUACAUGUUUUGCAUGCGAAGCCGGUUACUGGGGUCCCAGUUGCAAUGUAAUAUGUAGGAUUGAAAACUGUUCAACUUGUAGCCAAAACACAGGACUUUGUGAAACCUGUAUAUUGUCACGAUGGGGUGAGACGUGCGACAUAUCAUGCAGUGAAAGAUGCAGGCAUGGUUGCAACUUUACUACUGGUAAAUGCAAUGGUUGCAAAAUCGGAUACUGGGGAAAUAUUUGUGAAAAUGAAUGUCCGUCUUUAAAGUGUGAAAUUUGUCAGCAACAGAUCGGUGUUUGUUCUGUUUGUCAGACCGGAUACUGGGGAAUAAAAUGUGAACGCCAAUGUAAUCAAUGCCUUAGAUGUGACACUAAGGAAGGAUAUUGCACUUCGUGUCAUAAGGGGCGUUGGGGCUUGUCAUGUGAAAACGAGUGCGAAGAAAGUUGUGUCUGCUGUGGUAUUUCCAGUGGAGCUUGUGAGAGGUGUCCUGUUGUGUCUCUAAAAGGUAAUGGGACAAAUGUUGACCUUGCCUUCCACCUUGAUUCGAAAAUAGGACUGAUUACCAUAGUCAUAGCAGCUACAAUAAGCGCAGUUGCAACAGUUACUACCACAGUCUUGGUAAUGGUCUGUUUCUACCAAAGAAUUAGUCGGAAAUUGGCAGGAAGUACAAAGGAAAAGCAGUCAAGUCAAACUGAAAUGACAGAAUUUUCUACAGACAGUAUGGGAAAUCAUCCAUAUCAGAUAUUAUCAGAACAUCCUGUUACACCGACUUAAACCAGUAUCGCGACAUCCGUGUGCUUAUUGGAAAAUCCGAAAGACGAAGAACUGCAAUUUCACGGAUUUCUUCAGACCUUUUGAGAAGGAAAUCAUACUAAUAUAGGGAGGCACAAGGCUUUUGUUUUUAUUGUCAUUGCGUUAUUUUUCAGUUGAUAUUAAUGAUAGUAAAAUAAUAAUAAUAAUGAUAAAUAAAUAUAACAGUUAAGCUGAAUGAUAUAUGCCUGAUAAAGACAGUAUUGCUGUGAGUAGUAUAGGCUG